AUGGCGGCUACUACUUCUGGUAAUGCUUGGAGAUGCCGCAGAGUAGCCUUCGUGCAGAGCUCUGAUCCAGACAAUGGUUGCCGCUGUCAGGUUCGCUUCAUGCAUCAUAAUCGUCAGGCCUCGAUAUCACUCCAGUUGCAACAUGCUGCCAGUCUGGUCGGGGUCGAUAAUAAUCCACCUCGACACGUUGUGCUCCACAUACAACCUUCGAUCGUCGAAUCUUGUUCUUUAGCUGAGGAGACAUCGCUGUCGCCAUUGCUGUUGAAAUGUAUACCUACCUCGCUUGCAAGCCCAUCUGACGUCUUGACUGUUGCCCUCGUUCUGAAAUCUCCUGGUGCUGUGCACUACCCCAAAGAGCUGACGAGCGUACGUCCGAAUGAUUCGUCUGAUAUCGACUUCCGAUCAUUCGUCGAUUUGUGUCAAGCGACAACCAUUUAUGUACACUUUGCCAAAACCCAGUUUGAUCAACAAGAGAGGCCGAGAUUGGAACAGUUGGUGAUUGGGUUCGGUGAGGGUAACUUGGAGGCACCGCCACUGAACCUUCAAAGAGAGGAUCGUGGCAGAGGCUUGCAAGAAGGCACAUGGGAGGUCUUCAGCCCAAAAGCCUCAGGGUCCAGCCACACUGGGACAUCAUCGAGGUUAGGCAAGAGAUCAAGACAAGCCUCAGUGUCUUCUCCUGAUGCGCCCCUCAAGCGUUCUGCCCCUUAUAUAUACACCACCCCUCCUCCCUACUCCCCGACUGAAGUCAAUACGACACCUACCACGAGGUCAGGUCAAUCCAACGAUAUACGACCGACUGUUUUCACCCUUCCCCCUUACCGCAAGNNGGAGGCAACCUCUCCCAAGGAAGAUACCCAGGUCACCCUCCUUGCUAAUAUGCUUGCGACUGUCCCUGAGCAUGUGCUUCGCGAAGCAAUCAUCAAGUCCGGGCAUGGGGUCAUACUGGGCCUAGCCCCUGACAGUGCCCUGCCUAGCAAGCGACAGGAGCCUCGUGUCCGUCGUUUGUCUAGCCCUGGACUCAUCUCUCUGGUCAGGGACCUGUUCACGACGGAAGUAGGAGCCCGGAUGAAGUAUCUCGUGGAGUCCGGACUACCUCUUCACACAAAAGAUGCCAUUGAGAAGAUCAUGGACGAAUAUCACAAUAAAUUCCACGUCGACUGCCAGGAAGCGGAAGCGGCCAUACAAGAGACGGUAGAAGACGCCUCGCUGGAAGUGAAAAUGGCUCUCGAGGACGGCAUGAAAGAGAUCGAGGAAUUGGUUGAGGAACACCUUGAGAAAUUGGCUGGUGAGCACGAGAUCUUUGAUGGUAAAGCUAACCUUGAACUCGACAACCUUAGGUGCUGGUUCGUCAAGUUCGCCCGCACACUAUUCUUCGAAGGUCGGGCAGACCACGUCUCGACAAGAGACCUUGCAAGAUGCACCUCUAUAUAG